GAAGAGGGGGGGCGGGCCGAGGCGAAGCGAAACGAAACGAAGAAGUUUGCUUUUGGAAUUUAUUAUCUAGAGAGAGAGAGAGAGAGAGAGAGAGAACGAUGGGAUCCGAACUCCGAAGCCCUAUAAAAAUGGCGAAAUGAAAUGUUACCUUCUCUCCCUCUCCUUCUCUGCGUCUUUUCCUUCUAUUUCCUUGUUUCAAGUGAGAUAAAAAGAACGAACUCUUUAUGAGCACAGCUUCGGUUUUAUAUUCUGAGAUUUACUGAAACUGGAAAGACCUGCGUUUCUCACGUGGUUCAGAUCAACAAAUUAGCGGAUCUGGGUUGAAGCUGCAGAGAGAAGUAAAGAAAAAGAAAAAGAUAAACCAUGCAACCUUGCAGCAGAGAAAUGCAAGGGAUGGCUUCCAUAACGGCAUGCUUGAACUCUUCUCAAAUCCCAGUUCAAGGGCUUCAGAAUGGUCAACAGCAGCAGAUCCCUAACCCUCAGAUGCAUCAGGUCCAGGGCUCUCACUAUGAUCAACCUUCUCAGGACGAUUUCCUCGAGCAAAUGCUGUCUAAUAUCCCUUCCUGGCCUGAACUCCCUGGGAAUAAAUCCCCUUGGGAACUUAACCCCCAAAACCCUAGCGCCACCGCCUCUGCCACCACCAACGGUGGCAACCAGAAGCUCUUCAACAUCAACAAGCCAUCAGAGGACCAAUCAGGUUCACAAACCGAAAAUCUUCACUACCCUUUCGACGAGUCGACUCUGCUGGCAUCUCGAUUGAGGCAGCAUCAGAUAAGCGGGAAUUCUUCUACUGGAAAAUCGAUGAUGCUUCAGCAACAUCUGCUGCUCUCAAGAGGCGUAGGUGGUGGUGGUAUAGCGAGUUCGCCAACCGCAGCUCAAGGCGGCGAGCAUGGUCUUCUUCCGCUUCCAUUAACCCUAGGCAGUGCUGAUUCUUCAGAUUCUCGACUCCUUGUUGAUCGAUCUCGCAACGAUGUCGACUUCAAAUCUCCCACUGGACAGGGUUCGGUUCAAGGUCUUUACAAUGGCUUCACCGGAUCACUGGCUCGGACGGUUCAAACAGCGAACCAACAACAUUUCCACCACCCUCAGAGUGGUUCCAUUUCGAACCAAAGUUUCGGUGCUCCGUCUACUGGGAUGAACCAAGCAGCUCCGGCAUCAGGGGGCCAGGCUCAACCGAGGCAGAGGGUCAGGGCCAGGAGAGGUCAGGCCACUGAUCCUCAUAGCAUCGCUGAAAGAUUGCGAAGGGAAAGAAUCGCAGAAAGAAUGAAGGCUCUGCAAGAACUUGUACCUAAUGCCAACAAGACCGACAAGGCUUCCAUGCUGGACGAGAUCAUCGACUAUGUCAAAUUCCUGCAACUACAAGUCAAGGUUCUCAGCAUGAGCAGAUUGGGCGGUGCAGCUGCUGUUGCUCCCCUUGUGGUCGAUAUGUCCUCAGAUACCACUGGAGGAGGAGCUGGUGGCGGACUUGGACGGAGCGGUAACGGUAACCAAACGGCGCCAUCAAACGACAGCAUAUCUGUAACGGAGCACCAGGUGGCUAAACUGAUGGAGGAAGACAUGGGGUCCGCAAUGCAAUACCUCCAAGGAAAGGGUCUCUGCCUUAUGCCCAUUUCUCUCGCUACAGCCAUCUCCACUGCCAAUUGUCACUCUAGAAACCCUCCAAGUGGCUCAUCCACUCCACUCCCCCAUCACAACCCUAACCCCAACCCCAAUUGCAGUAGUAACAAUCCUCUACUGUCCUCUAAUGCUGACGGCCCUCCCUCACCGAACAUGUCGGUGUUGACUGUUCAGUCAGCCAGCAUGGGUAACGGCGGCGUUGACACGUCCGUCAAAGACUCCAUGUCUGUGUCCAAGCCGUGACGGAAAGAUAUGAAGGAUGGAACCCCAAUAACUGGUGGACUGCUACUACUACUACAAUUUCUCCUUUGGGAGAGACGCCAAGGCAGUCAAGUCUAGGGGAAUAAGGAGGUCUUCCCAUCUCUGUGUUUGACGCCAUAUUUGCUUAGACUUGGCUAGAGCUAACUACACCACCACCAUCAGCAGCCGCCGCCGCCAACAGCCGAACCGAAACUAGCAUCUUUUUCCCUUAUAAUUUUAAUAUCGUUUUUGCUUUUCUUAUCAUUCUCGAUAGUAGGUCUCUCUCUCUCUUGUUCAUUGAUUUCCUUUUUCAUUUUAGUUGGUAACCGUAACCUUUGAAAUUUGAUGGGAGCGGUGGUUCUCAGC